AAUUAUUAAUGUAUUAUCUGAAUUAAUAUUUUCUAUAAAUAAACUUUAAAUUAUUACUAUAUAUUAUAAAAUAGAAGAUCAUGAACGGAAGCGAAGAACUUAUUAUCUGUGUGCCCGGUCAAAGAUUAUGUGUAUCUGACAAAGUUAACAUAGCCGGACCUGGAACUUAUGAGCAGCAAGGUUACAUCUAUUCAAAGCUUGCUGGAAUUGUAAAAUUAAUAACAGAUGACAAAACUCGCACAAUUGAAGUACAUGGCAUAACGGAGCAAAGUAUUGUUCCCGCACCAGGGGACAUUGUAACAGCUAUGGUCACUGUGGUGAAUCAAAGAUUUUGUAAAUGUAGCAUCAAGUGUAUAGGUGACAUAGUAUUGACAAGACCUUACAGGGGAAUUUUGAGAAAAGAAGAUGUCAGAAUUCUGGAAAAAGACAGAAUAGAAAUGUACAAAUGUUAUCGACCUGGAGAUAUUAUUCUCGCGAGAGUUAUGCCAAUGACAGAAGCACAUACUUACCAAUUGAGUACCGCAGAAAAUGAAUUAGGAGUAGUUAUAGCUCAUAGUGAAGAAGAAAUUCGACAAAUGAUGCAUGGAUUUGGCGAUAAUAGUGAACCAUUGCAUGAGUCUGCAAAAAUCAUAGAGGAUGUUGUGUUGCAACAAAUGAGAACAAUUGUCAGGAAAGCAUAUGAAAUUGCGGAUAGGCGAGCUGUUGCAAAAAAGAAUAACAUCAUUAACGGAGAAGAUCUUCUCUUUUUAUUGCGCAAAGACAAAAUCAAGCUUCAGCGUCUUGUGAGAUAUCUUGAACUUAAGGAACUGGGAAGCUCAGCUCAAAAAAUUUUGACGAGUGAUAUUCCACAAAACAUUGUAGAUUCUUCUGAAAUAGACAGCAAAAAGAAACUGCCAUUUCAGAGUUUCCUGGAACAGAUUGACAAUACAGGUGAACUUCUUGAAAAUUCAUCUACUGUGGAUGAAAUCAAACACCGUCGAUCCAUUCGUGCGGACAUUGCGACAAGAACAAUGGACGAAAUACGUUACAUGAGAUUUAGCAAAUCCCGUCGCGUAUCCUUUGCGAACAAAAAUCGCCACAAAUUCAGCGAUUGGAUUUGCUUGGACGGCGAUUAUACAAUAUCAAAGCAAGCAUACACAAUCUUAAGUUAUCUUGCGUAUGAGACAGUUGCUCAAAUUGUUGAUUUCGCUUUUUUGGUUCGGCAAGAUCAAGAAAAAAUGCGUAGCGAUGCCAUAGAUCGGCAACGACUCAAUUACAUUAAUCCGUUCACAUACAAACCAUAUUAUCAUGCAAAAAACUUUGUAACAAAAGCACUGACUCCUUCAGAGAUAACUGAAGCCCUUAGGAGAUAUUGGUCUCCGCAGUUAGAUAUAACAGGACCAUUCAACAGAUGGUCGAUGAGAAGACCGCAUUUAAAACUCCUUUCCUGUUAAAUCUAAAGAAAAAGAUUUUCUACUUAAAAUUGGACUGGACCCGCCGCCUAUGUUUCUUAUGAGAUUCCUCAGGGUCUUAGGAUUUUCCAGUAAUGGCGAUUCUCUGUUAUUUAAGUAUCAUUAAGCAUGUUAGAUUAUAGAUCAUUAUUUUUUAUAGUAUAAUCGACGUGAACGUACUGAGCAAUAAUGUAAAAAUCGUCCAUAAUUGGGGGAUGUUGAGGUGUUGGGCCCGGAUUUACAUCCAAUACAUUUUCUAUCCUAACAGA